AUGCGCUGCGUCAGCAAAUCUCACACUGAGGACAGAACCUUGACUGCCUCAGCAGAAAGCUCUUCUCCUACAAUACAAACAGGGCCCAUUCGCUGUUGGGGCACUCAACAUACCCACUCCCGGCCCCGGCGAAUUCAGACGCACGGCAUCAUUGUUACCCACUACCCCGCCGUCCUCGGAACAGACGCUGCGGGAACCGUGGAAGGAUUCGCAGAGGGCGUGACAGGAUUCACUGUUGGUGACAGAGUAUUCACCCAGGGGUCACUCAAUAAAACUCAUGCCGCGUACCAACAAUACUCCCUCGCUGCCGCCGAUGUCACAGCUAAGAUCCCAGAAAAUAUCUCAUUCAACGAUGCUGCUUCACUCUCGGUGGGCGUGGUGACCGCAACGCUUGGUUUGUUCAACCAAGACGAUCCGGUUAACAGUGCGGCGUUAUUUCCGCCAUGGAAAGAGGGUGGACGAGGAAAAUAUGCGGGAAAGCCUGUGGUGAUCUUUGGUGGAUCUACUUCAGUUGGUCAAUAUGUUAUCCAAUUCGCAAAGCUCGCUGGCUUCUCUCCCAUCAUUGCUACCGCAUCGCUGCACAACACUGAGCUCUUGAAGUCCUACGGCGCAACACACGUCCUCGACCGCAGAUUGUCUGCAUCUGACCUUAUCACUGCUGUCUCUCAUAUAACGUCAGCACCGAUACAGAUAGUCUACGAUUCGGUCAGCCUGCAAGACACGCAGAAUGUGGCGUACGAUGUGCUCGCGCCGGGUGGCACUAUGGUGGUUGUUCUCGACGAGUCGGUUGACCCAUCCAAAAAAACCCCGGAGAAGAAGAUCGUCAACGUCUUCGGAAAUACCCACGUCCCUCAGAACCACAAGACAAGUGUUAGCCUCUACAGCCAGCUAACGUCUUUGUUGGAAAAGGGUCUGAUCAGGCCGAAUCGUGUCGAGGUUUUGCCAGAUGGAUUGACUGGGAUUCCGGAUGGAUUGGAGAGGAUCAAGAACAAUCAGGUCAGUGCUGUCAAGCUCAUCGCCCGUCCGCAGGAGACCGCAUAG